AUGGAUUUUAUAGAGAGGAUGCCCAUUGAGCCCAAUGUGAUGGUCUGGCAGACCUUGUUGGGAGCAUGUAGGGUCCAUGGCAACAUUGAGUUAGGAGAGAUUGCUGCCCAGAAAAUUCUUUCAAUUAUGCCCGACUACUCAGCUACCUAUGCACUUCUAUCCAACACGAAUAUCGAGAAAGGGAGCUAUGAAGAUGGUCUUAAUUUGAGAGAUACGAUGAAAGAGCAAGGCGUGAAAAAGGGACCGGGAUAUAGUUGGAUUUCUGUCGAAGGUAGAAUCCAUAAAUUUUAUGCAGGUGAUCAACAACAUCCUCAAAAAGAGGCUAUAUAUGCGAAGUUAGAAGAGUUGAGGGUGAAGAUCAAAUACAUGGCUUAUGUCCAAGACUUGAACUCUGUAUUGUGA